AUGUAUCGGAGCCACACAGCCAGUGGCAGAAUUGAGCAGAAGGAGAAAUUCGUAAAAUUAAGAAAGCCGUUUGCCACUGACUGCAGGUUUCUCAAGCACCACAACAAUUUUGAUGUUUUUUGUUGUGAAUGGGUGUCGGCUAUCCGUCAAUUGACCGCCCACAGCAUUCCUGCAUUAAAUGGUCGUGUUGCUACGGAGCUUUUGCAAGGGGACACCCCUGAUAUUUCUGAGUACGCGCAAUUUGACUGGUAUGAGCCUGUCUGGUUCAUUGAUCCAACUUCUGCUUUCCCUGAAAUGAAGAAGCGAUUGGGCUGGUGGGUCGGAGUUGCAUCAGAUGUGGGACAGGCAAUGACUUUUUGGAUCCUUCCAGAGUCAUGCAUCCCAAUUGCACGGUCCUCUGUUGCUUGUGUCUUCCCUGAGGUAGCCGCUACUGAUGAAUUUAAGGCUGACCUUGCUGAAGUAGAUCUAGCCAUCAAAACGAAAAUUGGCAACAGCAAAACUGUAGAAGAAAAUCAGGUUAUUGAGGGUCAACUCGCAAAUCUAGUUUCGGGUCCAACCGAUGAUGUGUUCAAAGGAAUCUUAUUAGCGAAAUGCGCUCUACAUGCCCAAAAGUUGCAGAUACCUCUGGCUAUCAAUGGCAUGCACAAGAACCUGGAUUUGUACCAAAAGACAUUGCCUUCUAGUGUACUUGAACAAGAAGAAACCAAGUUGCAGCCCAUCAAAGUCAUGGUGGAUUUUUCUCAAGUCUGUCAAUGCUCGGAUGGUCUUGGAAUGUGGGUAAUUGAGACCAUUCAAGAAUUGGAGUUGGAUACAGACAAGUUUUCUUGGUUGUCAGCUAGUAUUGGAAAGCUCUUUGUUGCUGCUGUCAAUAGCAUCACAAACAUUUUAAUUAUUUGUGGCGGAAAUGAAGCAUCGGAUGCGGAGCUAGCACCUGUGCUUCAAUAUGAGCUAGCUGCAACUAAUUCAGAUGCAUCAGAUGCGACUGCAGUGUAA